AUGGAUGCAGAUGAGGCUCUGGCUCGGGCCCUGCAGCUAGAGGAGGAGGCCGCGCUGGCCGCGCAGCAGCGCCAGGCUGCGGCCCACCACCUGCGCGGCGCCGCCGCCGCCACCGCCGCCUUUUCGCAGCAGGUGGAGGGCACUCUAGCCAAGGUGCUGGGGUAUGAGGAUGAGCUGGCGCAGGCCAUGGCCCUCAGCGUGAUGCCGCUGCCCCGGCUGGAGGCAUCCGCGGACGAGGCGUGCGCCGUGAGCACCGCCAUGGGCGAGCAGCCGCCGCUGAAUCGGCGGGACGCGCUGGCCUUCGAGCUGCUGUCCUGGUUCAAGCAAGACUUCUUCCGAUGGGUCAGCGCCCCGCCCUGCGCCGCCUGCGGCGCCGCCAAUACGCACAGCACGGGCGCGGUGGCGCCCACGGCAGAGGAGGCAGCCCACAAGGCGGGGCGCACGGAGCUCUUCCGCUGCGGGCAGUGCGGCGCCGCCACUCGAUUCCCGCGGUACAACGACCCAGUGAAGCUGCUGGAGACCCGGCGGGGACGGUGCGGCGAGUGGGCCAACUGCUUCACGCUGGCUGCAGGGCUGGAGGCGCGCCUGACCAUGGACUGGGAGGACCACAUCUGGGCCGAGUGCUGGUCGCCCUCUCAGCGCAGGUGGAUGCAUCUGGACCCUUGUGAGGCGGCGGCAGACAAGCCGCUGCUGUAUGAGGCGGGGUGGGGCAAGCGGCUGAGCUACGUCGUGGCGGUGGGGCGGCACGGGGUGGCGGAUGUCACGCGGCGGUACACGACGCAGUACGAUGAGAGCAGGCGGCAGCUGGUGAGCGAGGGGUGGCUGGCUGGCUACCUGCGCCACGUCACCGGCCGCCUGCGCGCCGGCCUGUCGCCCGAGCUGCGCCGGGAGCUGGAGCAGCGGGACGAGCUGGACCGCCGGCAGCUGCUCAGCAGCGGUACUGCAGCAGCCGAGGAGGUCGCCCUGCCUGCGCGGCAGACGGGUGACGCGGCCUGGCUGGCGGCGCGGGGCGAGGACGGCAGCGGCGUGGCUCGAGCCAGCGGCGGCACUGGCGCUGGCGGCGCUGCCGCGGUGAAGCCCCCCGGCACGCGGUACCGGCUGGCCAAGGACGAGCACCUGGCUGCGGCCAGCCCUCGGCGCCUGUGCGGCGGCGCGGUGCGGGCCUCGGGCGAGAACGCUCCCGGGGAGGCGGCGCAGCGCGCGUUUGACGGCAGCCCCACCACCAAGUGGCUGGACUUCGGCAAGGAGGGGGCGUGGCUGGAGUACCGGCUGCCGGCGGAGCAGCCGCAGGCGGUCCUGGCGGCCUAUGCGCUCACUUCUGCCAACGACAGCCCCGAGCGCGACCCCCGCCACGUCAUGCUGGAGGCUUGGGACAAAGGCAGGGGCGCCUGGGUCAUGCUGGAUGAGCAGCGCAGCCUGAGCUUCCCGCAGCGCCACCACCGCCUGGUGCUGCGCGUCAGCGGCUGCGUCAGCGGGGCGACGCCCUCCCGCCGCUUCCGCCUGAGGGUGCUGGCUGUUGCUGACCCCGCCGCCGCAAACUCGGUGCAGCUUGCCUGCCUAGAUCUUUAUGUGCUGAAGCGGGUGGAGCAGGCGCAGCAGCAGCAGCAGGCAGAGGAGCAGGCGCAGCCGCAGCCGCAGGCAGCAGAGGCAGCAGAGCAGCAGCAGCAGACGGCCAAUGGCACCACGGCCGCUGCCGGCGAGCCCGCGCAGCAGCCAAAGGGCGGAGAGCCGGCUGUGGAGCGCCUGGCUGCGCUGCAGUUGCAGGAAGAGCAGCAGGCGCAGCAGCAGCAGGUCGAGCUACAAGAGCCACCAGACCCAGCAGCACCUGCAGCACCUGCCCCUUCACUGGCGCCACCCAGCGACAGCAGCAGCCCUGCUGGAGAGGCCGGCAACCCCUGGGCUGCGCUGUUUCAAGGGGGGUCGCCAACCUGA